GCUGCCCCCUAUUCUGCGACAAACAAAUAUAACCCCACUUUUACCAACACCCUGUCUUUUGAAAAUGCUCUUAUGAUACUUUUUACAUAUUUAAAGCAACAAUUCAAACAUAUCUGUUCUAUUUCCUGUUAACAAUGGAAGUUUGUUGAGCUAAUAUUAACGUGCCUUUAAUGAUUGUGUCUAGACGGGUCUUCAACAAUCAGGAAAAAACACCCAAAAAAUGGAUAGAAAAAUGAUAUAUGCCUUCCGAGGGUGGAUAGCCUUCGUUGCUUUCAUGGAUCUAGGUACGGCCGUGAGAAGUUAUAUAGAAAAACGGUCUUUUCUAAGCAAAGCUUUCUCAGACACAGAUUUUGUCGAUGAGGAAUAUACUACCUCAAGAAUACUGGGUGUUUACUCAAUUCUAAAAGCGUUGGCUUUGAUACAUUGCACCCUGUAUAUUCAUUAUAAACCGGUUGUCAGCAUGGGGAUUUUUUCCCUCUUGGUAACAAUCAUCAUGUACAUCACGGAAACUCUAUACUUCCGUGCGGCGACACUCAAUUUUUAUGUGGUUUUUCCGUGUGUUUUAAAUUGUGUCACUCUAGGGGGACUAAUCUAUUUGCCAAAGAGAUUGAGAAUCUGGGAUCCAUCACUGGAUUGUGAUGAUGAAAACGUGCAGCUCCUCAAACAAGCGGGGGCCAUGAAAAGAAGACGCCACAUCAGAAAAAACAAUUGAAAUACUUUUUAAUCUAUGCCAAAGAUGAGCUAGUCAUUUUAUACUCCUUUCUUUUUUAAUACAUAUAAUUUACUUCGUUAGGUACUGUAACUUGUAGUGAGAAUUUUUGACUCUUGUUGAUGCUUUUGCUGAAUAUAUUCACUAGGGAUUGUUUGUAGGACACUUUCAAGUUAAAAAUGUUGAAUGAAUGAAUAAAGAAAAUUUUGAAAUUUAUCCUAAAUGAA